AAACCCUGGAAUUUCCCAAAAUUUCUCACAAAUUUGAGAUUUUUUUCUCUCAAUAAAGGUAAGAAUUCUUCGGAUUUUUCAUCCACAUCGGUGAAUUGGGAAUUCGAGAUCUCGAUUUGUUUGAGAUCAAGAGCAAUGGCGAAGGAAUCUACCAAUGGGGACAAUCACUCUGUGACUAAGCCUCCUCCAACUCCUUCCCCUCUACGAUUUUCCAAGUUUUUUCAGUCAAAUAUGCGAAUCUUGGUGACUGGGGGUGCUGGCUUCAUUGGAUCUCAUCUGGUUGACAAAUUGAUGGAGAAUGAGAAGAAUGAGGUUAUUGUUGCUGAUAACUUUUUCACUGGGUCAAAGGACAACCUUAGGAAAUGGAUUGGCCAUCCAAGAUUUGAGCUCAUCCGACAUGAUGUCACUGAACCCUUGCUAGUUGAGGUUGAUCAGAUCUAUCAUCUUGCUUGCCCUGCAUCUCCAAUUUUUUACAAAUACAAUCCUGUGAAGACAAUAAAGACAAAUGUCAUCGGCACCUUGAACAUGCUGGGUCUUGCAAAGCGUGUUGGAGCUAGGAUCUUGUUGACGUCAACUUCUGAGGUUUAUGGUGAUCCUCUUGAGCAUCCCCAAAAGGAGGAGUACUGGGGAAAUGUUAACCCAAUUGGAGUCAGGAGCUGCUAUGAUGAGGGAAAACGUGUGGCAGAAACUUUGAUGUUUGAUUACCACAGGCAACAUGGCAUAGAAAUCCGAAUUGCUAGAAUUUUCAAUACUUAUGGACCAAGAAUGAACAUUGACGAUGGCCGUGUUGUCAGCAACUUUAUUGCUCAAGCAAUCAGGGGUGAAACACUAACCGUUCAAGCUCCGGGAACACAAACUCGUAGUUUCUGUUAUGUUUCUGACAUGGUGAAUGGCCUAAUCCGGCUGAUGGAAGGAGAAAGCACAGGUCCCAUUAACAUAGGAAAUCCAGGUGAAUUCACAAUGAUGGAGCUUGCCGAGACUGUGAAGGAGCUGAUUAAUCCGUCCGUGAGUGUGACAAUAGUCGAGAACACACCAGACGAUCCGAGGCAAAGGAAGCCGGAUAUCACAAAAGCGAAGGAGUUGCUCGGAUGGGAGCCGAAGGUUAAACUGAGAGACGGCCUGCCUCUCAUGGAAGAGGAUUUCCGUCACAGGCUCGGCGUGCCGAAGAAUGCUUGAAUCCAAUCAUCCAAGUUCCUUCCAGUUCUAUAAAUGUCAUCAUUUGAUCAUCUUUAGAAUAAAUGCUUGGAUAUCAUCCCUCAUUUCUUUUUUGUUUUUUUUUUCCCCUUCAAAUUUUCUGAUUGAAUUUAUCAUCCUAUCCAAAAUUAUGAAGAAGAGAUUUAUUUCUU